UUUUUUGUUUUUCUUCUAAUAUUGUAUAGUUUGGUGUUGUAUUAUGUAAUAUGUGCAGUAAUAUUUUGGUCGUCAACUUCUACUCAUCAUCAUUCAACAUUUGGAAGAUUUGGAUCUCCUAAGGGGGAGCAUGUUCAAAACAGCACAUGUUAUCUCCUCAUCAGUUCGUAUUGAUAACGUGUACCGGUUGAAUGCGGAGGUAGUGGUGGUAAUAUUUGACCGUGAAAGUAUAUACUGCGGCCUUUGACAACACCGGACCAAACAUUUUUCAUGGUCCAGCAGUCUGUCGGCUGAUUAGCUAUGGUUGACAUAUGUUAAUGUGCCUGUGCGCUACAUGGUGUUAUAAUACCGUUUACAUAAUCGACGUACGCGUGUUUUUUUUCCCCUUUGUUACAAUAUUGUUGUUAUCCGGCCUAUUGAAUAGAGCCGUGAAAGACUUAGUUAAAGUUGUAGUCUUAUUAAAUUUGGAGUUAUUAGUGAAAGCUUGAACACCGGUUUAUUCCGUGAUUGUUAUUGUCAAAGUUGAAGCUACCACAGGGAAGACAUUCAAAUCAGUAGAUUGAACGAGUUGAGCCCUAUGAUAUUACUAACGAGAUUAUUGGUAUGAAGAAGCUAGAUUGGCAUUGAAAAAAAGAUUAACUGGUUAUGAAGGACAAAUGGGUCGAGCUAAAAAUGUAAUUUUUUUGGUUGGAGAUGGUAUGGGAUCUUCAACAUUAACUGCUUCUAGAAUUUUCAAAGGACAACGUAAAGGUAAUCAAGGAGAAGAUGAAGAUUUAUUAUGGGAUACAUUUCCUGCAGUUGCUAUGUCAAAGACUUUUAAUUUAAAUGCACAAACUGGAGAAUCAUCUGCGUGUGCUACAGCAUUAUUGUGUGGUGUUAAGGCUAAUUUUGAAACAGUUGGAUUAGAUGGCAAAGGAAAAUUUGAAAACUGUUAUUCCAGUUUUGUAUCUAGAGUAGAUUCUUUAGCAGACUGGGCACAGCAAGAGGGUAAAUCUACUGGAAUAGUGACCAAUACACGCAUUACUCAUGCUACACCAUCUGCGUUGUAUGCCCAUUCGCCCAGUCGAUAUUGGGAAGAUGAUGGUAAGGUGCCUAUACCUUCACGAAAGUCAUGUAAAGAUAUUGCUCGUCAACUAGUUGAAGAUGACCCCGGGCGUCAUAUAAAUGUAUUAUUGGGUGGUGGGCGGAGACAUUGGCUACCAAAAGUAGCGCAAGAUCCAGAGCAGCCCACUGAUGAAGGCAGACGUCUUGAUGGGCGCAAUCUCAUUGACGACUGGAUUAGAGACAAAAAAAAACGAAACAUCAAAGCUGAGUAUGUAUGGAAUAAAGGUCAACUGGACAAAAUCGUUCCUAAAAACGUGGAUCAUUUACUCGGUUUGUUCGCGUAUUCUCAUAUGGAUUUUGAAGUUGAUAGAGACAAAGGUCAAAAUGGUGAUCCACCACUUCAUGAAAUGGCAAUUAAAGCCUUGUCUAUUCUUCAAAAGAACAUCAAAGGAUAUUUCUUAUUUAUUGAAAGCGGGCGUAUCGAUCAUGCUCAUCAUUAUAAUAACCCUUACAGAGCUCUAGAGGAAACUCUUAUAUUAGAAUCUACUUUGGAAGCGAUCAUGGCAAAGGUAGAUUUAUCUGAAACACUAAUUGUCGUCACUGCUGACCAUUCACAUGUAAUGACUUUGGGAGGUCUAGCUACUCCUCGAGGAAGUGAUAUUUUGGGUGCCGAUAGCAAAUCAUCUGAUAUAGAUGGUUUACCUUAUAGCACUCUGUUAUAUGGCAAUGGUCCCGGAUACAGUUCCGAACAUAGAUUAGUGCCGAUGAUGAAUGCAACAGAGGCAGAAACACAUAAUCAGCUGCAUAGUGCCGCCGUACCUCGGCAGUGGGCGACACAUGGUGGCGAAGACGUUCCAGUGUAUGCAAUCGGUCCACCUGGUAUUACGCAAGCUUUAUUUUCGGGUACUUUUGAUCAAUCAUAUGUACCACAUGCUAUUGCCUAUGUAGCUUGUUUAGGUGAGUAUUCAAAAAGGUGUCAGCAAAUAACCAACAAUACUGUAGACACACCUUUAAAACAUUCACCAGGAUCUGUGAAACAAGGUUGUACUGCCCCGAUGAAUACUAAUGCCGUUACAAUGACGACAGGUGCAAAGAGUGGAUCGGCUGUAGUUCUGGCGAGUAGCGUACUCUCUGACAACGGGUUACCUACACAAAUAAACAACACAAAAUCAGUGAACUGUGGUUUAUCAUUAAUAGCUGCCGCCGUAGUUUUGAUAGUGACCAUUACGUAAAAAAAACUGGUCACAUUGCAAAAUAUCUAUAAAUACAUAUUUCGGAGGAAUUGA